CGUUAAACUUCAACCCCACCGCGAUAAUUACUAUACUUGGCUUUAAUGGGCUGCCUAGAAUAUACACAGCUCUGCUUUAUUUGCGUUGUGUCUAAGCGUUCAAAGCACCAUUAAAACUUAAAUAGCUUUACAUAUUGACGGUAUUUAGCAUUGUCCUUCAAGUUUAGCGAGACGUUACUGGCCCGUCUGGAGACUGCCAAGCUUCAGCGUACAUGCACUAGGAGCAACGCUGGCGCAGCUUGCGCCCUCGGGCGCGGUCAGUCCUUGCCCAUACAUGCUGGAGCUGAGUAGACAGCUGACAGGAUGAACAGAUACAAGGUCGUAAAGCAACUGGGUGACGGCACCUAUGGCACAGUGUGGAAAGCGAUUAAUAGGCAAACAAAUGAAGUGGUGGCGAUCAAGAAGAUGAAGCGCAAGUUCUACUCCUGGGAGGAAUGCAUGAACCUGCGCGAGGUCAAAUCCCUGCGAAAGCUGAACCACCCCUGCAUCAUCAAGCUGAAGGAGGUCAUUCGUGAAAACGAUGAGCUCUUCUUCGUCUUUGAGUACUUGGAGUGUAACGUGUACCAGCUGACGAAGGACCGAGACAAGUUCAUACCCGAGUCGCGGGUGCGCAACUGGUGCUACCAGAUCUUCCAGGGGCUGGCCUACGUCCACAAACACGGCUUCUUCCACCGGGACAUGAAGCCAGAGAACUUGCUAGCCAGUAAGGACUCGGUUAAGAUUGCGGACUUUGGUUUGGCGAGGGAGAUCCGAUCACGGCCGCCGUACACCGACUACGUGUCCACGCGUUGGUACCGUGCUCCCGAGGUGCUCCUCCGCUCGCCCUACUACAACGCGCCCAUCGACCUGUUCGCCAUGGGUGCAAUCAUGGCCGAGCUCUACAUGCUGCGGCCGCUGUUCCCGGGCACCAGCGAGGCGGACGAGAUCUACAAGAUCUGCUCCAUCAUGGGAACCCCCACGCAGCAAACCUGGCCGGACGGGCUCAAGCUCGCGGCAGCCAUGAACUUCCGCUUCCCGCAGUUUGCGCCCACGCCGCUGAGCAAGAUCAUCACCAACGCCUGUCCCGAGGCGAUCGACCUGAUGACGCAGCUCUGUCAGUGGGACCCCAACAAGCGGCCCACGGCGGUGCAGGCGCUGCAGCAUCCCUACUUUGCGGUGGGUGUGCGCCCCGCGCUGCCCAUCUCCAACUCGCCCAUGUCCAUGGACCGCCCCAACUCCCACGGGGUCACCAACCCGGGCAAGGAUGUGGCGGUGAUCGAGGACCGUAACGGCAUGCGGGGGCCCAAGACGUGGGCGGAAACCGCACCGCCGCUGCGGCAGCAAGACAACGCCUACUCGGACCAGGAGAAGGCUCGGCAGGCCGGCGGCGCCGCUGGCUCCAGCAUGGGUCCCGCCGCCGGCUCCCUCUCCUCCAUGAACCUCAACCUCAACCUGAGCAACCCGCUGUCCACGCUGCUGCCGCGGGGGAACUCCUUUGGCGGCACCGCACUCGCCGGCGGCGCGGGCGCUCUGCCCAAUCUCGGGGCUGGCGGCGGCGGCGGCAGCAUCCUGAACGGCAAUGCGACCAUUGGGUCAUCGUUGGCGUUACUGGCGCCGCCGUCGGGGAUACGAGGGGCGGGAGCCAGCGGCGGCACGCCGCUGCCAGGCCUCGCGCCGCAAGGGCCGGUACGAACGUACAGCGGCAAGCCGCCGCCGGUCCCGGCGGCUGGCUCCGGGGGCAGCAUUAGCGGCGCGGCCGCUGGCGGCGGCGCGAGUGGGCUGUUGCGACGGCCGUCGAAUCUCGGGGAGCCGAGUGGCGCCGUGGCGGCGGCUGCCGCCGCCGCCGUCAACGGCUCGGGUGCGAGUGUCAUGGCGUCGAUUAACUUUGACCACCUUCGGCCGCCGGUACCGGGCAUGCCGGCGGCGGCGCUGCCGCCAGGAGUUACCCGGUACAACAACAACGCGCCUGUUGGCGGCGGCAGUGGCAUGCCGGCGACGGACGCGCUCACAAAUGAGAACCGCAGAUCAGGCCUGUUGCCGCCGCCGGUCAAGCUCGGAUCGAUUAACGGUCGCGGGGGUUCCGUACUCAACGGUCCCCUGGGCAACAUGCUACAGCAGCAGCAACAGAUCAACGGCAGCAGCAACAACCUGGGCGGCGCGCACUUGCCGUCGUUAGGUAGCGGUCGCAUGCUGGGGGAUCCGCUGCUUGGGACGCUCAAGGGGCCUGGGAACUCGGCAGGCAGUGCCGCACGACGAGGGUUGUAGGGGAGGAGGAGACCUACCUUCUCGCCCGAGCUCUUUGCGUUCCGGUGUCUCUUCUUCCUGCGGCACCCGGACAAGUGGCCCGGGGCGGUAGUGCGUGGAGUGAACACGGCACAGAAGGAGGCAGGAGGACACGAUGGCAACGAGGGAGGAUGGGCGAUGCGGGCGUUCAGGUGUGGAGUACAGGCGGGCAGGCGAGGAGGCCGCAUGAAGAGGAGGUAUAUACAAGGAGGGGCUGGGGCGGUGGCAAUGCGUUUGUGUGGGGUUAGCGCCGUGACUCGAGAGACUGUGACUUGCACACGACCACACGUAGCGGUAUAUGUGUGGGCGUGCAUGCGUGCCGAACCCCCGGCGGCAGUGCAAACGUGCCCCGUGGGGAAGAGAGAAGCUGCUGCCUGCAGGACAGGGCGGACCCUCGAGGGAUGGUUCUGCCUAGCAAGUCGCGCCGAUCCCGGUUGUUGAGGCUCUCUGUUGCCUGACGUCUUCUUUCUACUUCUACCUGACGUUAUGUUUCCAAAGUCGGUGAAUGGUGGGUCGGUUGGUAGCCGGCCGGAAAAGAUUUUUGCUGCUGUUAGAUGAAGGCGCAAGUAGCGUGGAGAGAGGCGGGAUGGUACGAUAGCUGACAGCAGCAUUGCAGAUGCCAACGAAGGAGGCCGGAGAGGUCCCUUCACCUUUGCCAGCCCACAGCCCACAUCUGAGCACCCCCCAAGGUGUGCUUGGAUCAACGCACCAACCGCUUGCUGUGGCUGCGUACCCCCCCGCCUCUACCCAUGAGCUACACUUGCGUCCUUGACUUCUGCGCCAUGUACCUCGCCAUCGUUUUUGUGUUGACGCUCCUGUGCUGCGUAACAUCGUGUUUGUGUGUGUUGACGGAUGGGCGGAUGAAAGCUGCGUGACUGGCUGUUUUAAUGUGACUGGGGGUUGGUUUAAAGCUAUGUAGCGGUAUAGCGGUGUGCUGCAAGGCUCCAUGCGGGCUGGCUUGCGGUUGCUGCAUGGGGCAACACUUGGGGGCGGGUGGCAGUCGCGCGCUACAGCCUUCCAGGCUUCAGACCGGGCAUGUAUUGUCCAUGCCAACAUGAAUCCAAGACCACCGGUUUUGUGUGUUGGUAGCUCAGAGGACGACGACUAGGGCGGAGUCGUACUUGACGUGUUUAUUUGCUUCGAUCGGUCGUCUUUGUGUGCGUGUUGCUUUGAGCGCGUGUGUACUUCUAUGCAUAGGACUUGUUCCGUGUGUGCGUGACCGCGUUCGUGCUGUGGUGUGCAUGGUGUUGUGCAUCUUGGGGGAAGGGAGGGUCUUGUACUUGAUACGUUUGGGGGAAAUGUCCGCCUGGGAAGGGCGCGGAAGGAAAGGUCUUUAUUGUGCUUGUCUGCUGUAUCGCCAGGUGUGCGAAUGCAACGGUUAGGUGACCGCAGGUGUUUGUCAACAGUACUCAGGCUUUCGUAAACCCCAAGGGCUCUUCGUAGCCUGCUCAUAAUCACUGGCGCUCUUUUUCAGGUUACACCGCAUAUCGGGAGUUGAGAAGUUGUUGAUACAUAGGAAUGAGGUGUCUUGAGGUGUUAGGACAAGGAGGAGCAAGAACGCAUGAUGGCGGCUGCCGAGUGGCGACAAGCCUUAGGAGUACACAUAGCACUACUGGUGCUGCCGACAAAAUGUGACUUUGGGCGACAGACGGGCCAACAUAGGUCUUGUGGCACAUGGUAACAAGAGAGUUGAUACUCUGAUAUGGGUUUGCAUUUACCGGUAUCUAGUGCUGUCGUACUUUUUGUCGUACUCGGCCGAGAGGGCACGUCGUACGAGCCGUACAUUUUCCGCGGGGUUUCGCGUGGACUUGUGGCUGAGGCGUAGAAGGAGGAGGAGCUGCUAUGCUGCUUCACAUGAGGAGGAAGAGGGGAAUUUUCGCCUGCUGGAGAGGCGUGUAUGUGUAAGGUAGAACAACAGAGCUGACUGACUUGUAGCAGCUGCUAUGUGGGUGGCUACCGGCUUUGCCUCUUCCCUAACUCCAUGUAGGACUCAAGACGGCUGCCAACUUACCACCCACGCAUUCGCUCAGCGGUAAUCCGUAAACGCAUGGACCCUGGAACAGCGCCAUGCUGCCAUCGGCUCUCCCGUCCUGGCCUUUCCAGGCUGCGCGUUAGUUACGGCAUAUAAAUGUGUUAGAUGUUGUUGGGCCGAACUAAGGGCACGGU